AUGGCCAAAGGUGUUCGAGCUCUAUUUUAUACUGUUAUUCAAGCUCUUCCACAAGUUAAAAAUUUAUCUUCUAUUCUUUCUUCUUUUCUUAUCUUUGGUACACUUGGUGUUGAAUUAUUUGGAAAAUUAGAAUGUAGUGAAGAACAACCAUCCCUUCUUACAUUAUUUCGUGUUGCAACAGGUGAUAAUUGGAAUGGUAUCAUGAAAGAUACUUUACGUCAAAAUGAUUCAUCUCAUGUUGACAAAAAUCGCUUUAUGAAAAUAAUUUCACCCAUUUAUUUUGUUGUUUUUGUUCUUAUGGCUCAAUUUGUACUUAUCAAUAUUGUUGUUGCUGUACUCAUGAAAAAGCUUGAAGAUUCAAAUAAGAUGAUAGCUGAUGAUACUGAAAUGAACGAAGAAAUUGAACAAGCAUAA